GUGAUGACACUUCAAUAAGCUUUCUGCUCUUCUUCCUCAUGCUGCACUUCCUCAUUUUUAGGGUUCUGGUGAUGAGCUGUUAGGGCUGCUCGUCCUGCCCCUCUGCUUCUAUAAAACCUCCUGAAUUACUGCAGACGGAGUGACUCCCUUUGUGCUAACUGAAGAUCAGAGACCUUCAUCCACCUGAGCAGUUUUGGAAGAAAGCAGUGAAGAUGAAGGUGCUGCGCUGCUUCCUGAUGGGCGUCCUGCUGGCUGCUGGAAACAGUGUGGCUGUGGACGUGAACUGGCUGACUGGGAUUGUAAAAGCCAUCAGGAAAGAAUACAGACUGAAAGGUCAAUUCUGUGUGGCUGCAGCCAUCCCACAUCGACAGGACUCAAACACACUUGCUGGAGACGUUCUCCACAAUGUCCGCUUUUAUGAGGGAAUGGAAGAAGAAGCUAAAGGGGGUCAAGUAUUUGUUGGCAGCAGGGUGAUUUUAGCUGCUCCUGCAGGACCUGUGCAUGCAGAAUAUUCAGUCCUGGAAAACCUGCCCAAACUAAACAAAUACAAGGACGACUUCCUGCUUAUCUACUCUUAUCUCUCCCCAUGUAGCAAGUGCACAGACAGGAACGACAAACACAACAUCCUUAGACAGAUUGACAAAAACAUUCAGAAUUGGAGUGAUGGGGCCUUUGUGUUUACAAAUGUUUAUGACAAACCCAAAGAUGGUUUCACUGUCCCCAGAGAGGUUUUGAGAUCCUCACUUAAAGAGCUUGCAUUUUCGAUGGGUGGUCUCCAAUAUAUAUUUCGCUGUGCCAACAUUCCUGAUUUAGAGUGUCACAGCUGCUCAGUACAUAACAAAAUUUCAGAGUUUUGCAUUGACAACAAUGCUAAGCCUCAUCAGGCAGGAAGCAGUGGGAGCUGGAGACAGAGGAGCCGGAGUAAGAGCAGAGACAGCAGGAUCAGAAACAGAGGUGGAGGCAGCAGCAGGAGGAGAGGCAUACACAAGAGUCAGAGUGAACGCAACAUCAGUGAGAGCAGGAGGAGGAGCAUCAGCAGGAGUGAGAGCAGGGGGAACAGGAGGAGGAGCAGGAGUGAGAGCAGGAGGAGGAGCAUCAGCAGGAGUGGUUAGAGGAGUUCAAUUAAACCAACAUCGUCCCUGAAGACAGACUUCCUUUCUGCUCUAAAAUGAUUUCUUUUCCAACGUUAUUUAAAUUCUGCUUAAAAUGAAAGAUGAAAAAUAUUCUGGUCUAUUUUUUCUGAAUAAACUCAGCU